AUGAAGAGAGCCGCUCGCGGGGGGCUCAGCUUCAACACCGAUGGGCAGGCGCUGGAAGACCACCUCCGCAGCUUUGGGCCUAUUUCUGAGGUGGUUGUUGUCAAGGACCGGGAGACUCAGCGAUCCCAGGGUUCUGGCUUCACCUCCUUCACCAGCCCAGAGCCUGCCCCAGACGCGAUGAGAGCCAUGGAUGGAGAGGCCCUAGAUGGGCAGAGGGGUGCCUUUGGGGCCCAUGGGCGAGGUCGCAGCUACUCCACAGGUGGUGGGGACCAGGGCUAUGGAAGUGGCAGGUGGGACAGUCGACCUGGGGGACAUGGAUAUGGAUAUGGACGGUCCAGAGACGACAGCGGCGGAAGCCAGGGUGGUUAUGACCGCUACUCAGGAGGAAAUGACAGAGACAAUUAUGACAACUGAGAUGAAACAUGCACACAUAAAAUACACAAGAAUAACACUUCCCAUCCAG